AUGGAACUUCGCCAGAAUAACAUCACCUUACAUUACAUCGAUGCGGCAAUUAUCAGGUAAGGCCAUUGUAUAUUUUUCCUUGACGAUUUUCCCUUUUUAGUAUAUCUUUAAUCUUUAAAAUUCUUUAAGCACUGUAGCCAUUCAGCAUGCUACGCUGAUUUUCAAUGGGCCGUGCACACUAUACAACAUAUAUUAACCUAAUUCUAUAAUACAAAAUAGUGAAGCCUACAUACUGGUCAGCUUCACAAUAUAAUAUAUACUAAUACAUUAAACAACUAAUUAUUCUAAUUAUAGUACAAAACUACUGAUUAUUACUGAUUAACCCAAGGGGACUUAAUCGGUUCUGUAGUGAUUGAUGAGCAUAGAUUUAGCAACAUUUAGUGUGAUAUUGUCGACGUUUUGUCUAAUGUUAUCCGGGAGAUUGUUCCAAGAUUUUGCCGCUCUAUAUGAAACUUUUUUUGAGAAAAUUUGUGUUAGGUUUCUCAAGGGAAAGUUGGCAAAAGUUACUUCUCAAUUUGUACGUUUCGUUUGAACAGAAAUUAAACAUUAUUGUGAGAUAAUUCGGAGAAUUAGCAGUAAGUGCUUUAAAAGUAACAAUAUUUUCCCGAAUAGAUAAGUUUUUAUGGAUUGGCAUCCAAUCAAGUUUUCGAAAUAUUUCAUUGGACUGUACAUCGUAUGAAGCGCCGGUUAUCACACGUGCCGCUUUCUUUUGAAGUUUAGAAAGCUUUGUAGGUUUACUUUUGUAGCCAUCAUUCCAAACAGUGGAACAGUAAUAGAAAUUCGGAAUUACAAAUGCAUUAUACAUUUUAUUAAGGAUAUGUUCAGGCACAAACGAUUUAGCUCUCCUUAAUAAAGCAAUAUUGUUUGAAAUCUUUUUAUUUUGUUCGUCGAUAUGCUUGUUCCAAGUUAGAUGUUCAUUUAAAAUUACACUAAUAACUUACUUUAAUAACUUGAUUACCAAGUUUAAUUAUGGGGCCCUGCUCAAAUGACGGUACUCGCUGGCGUUAACCUAUUAUUAUAAAUUCAGUUUUCGUUUCGUUUAGUGUAAGUUUAUUUGCAAUGAGCCAUUCGUUAACAUUCAAACGAUCAUGGUUAAGUUUUGAUUCAAUUUCAUCUACGGUUGGAGCACUGAUGGAAAGAGUUGUAUCGUCUGCCAAUAAUCUAGCCUUAGUAGUUUGGAGACAUCUGGGCAAGUCGUUAAUAUAUGAGAAACAAAAACGGCCCAAGGUUGGAUCCCUGUAGAACUCCACACUUAAGUUCGAUUACAUCUGAUUGCUUACCAUUAAUAGAGCAAAUCUGUUUCCUGUUACUAUUGUAUAUUGUAUCUAAUAUAUUGUAUCUUAGUGAAAACGAUUAUAUUAAUCUUAGUUCUAAGGACUUACGCAAUUCACGUCGGUGUCUUCACAAAACCAUGACGAGGCCAUGUUUACAAUUAUGAGCGCGAAAACGCAAGCCAUGCAGUCAAAACGCUAAGACGUUAACUUUCCACUCAACAAUUCACACGUGAAAAAUAUCGUCCGCCUUGAGCGUACGAUUUUUAUUCCACCUAUUUACUACAGGGAAAUCUCUACACUUAUAUACAAUAAAUUAUACUAGAAACACAUAAUAACCUCAUGCUUUUCUAAUAACCAAACAAUUAUAUUUCCCAAACAUUGUUUCAACGCUGGCUCGUAUUUAGUGGUAAUUAUCAUUUUCUUUUUUACAUUUUUGUGCAGAAUUGCAAAAAUAAUUUUAAAAAUUAGUACUUUUAAUUUCAGAAAUAUAAAGCUUUGAUUUAAUUUAUAAAAUUAAUACCCUCGCCGCGGGCCAUCGAUCGGACAGUGCAUGCAGACCCGUUGGGUAUUGCCGUUGGGUCUUUCCUCUUUUUAACAAUAUCAAACAGAUCAAUUUGUUUUCUUCAUGCAUUUGCAGAUUCAAUAACGCAUCUGUGAAAUUCCAUGAAGAGGUAGACAAAGCCAUCAAACGUAAGAACGAGAUUGAACUCCGUGAUCUAAAUGACAGGAUGGUGAACGUAGAAAAAUCCUUCAUUUACAGUCUUGGUCUUCCAAAUCAAAAGUUCAACCGUCACGUUAUUUUUGCGCCACCUUUCAACAACAAUUAUGCCAGUGCUCAUUUCCCUGGGAUCUCUGAUCUCAUGUUUCCGAGCAAUAAGACUGAGAAAGACUGGGGGGAAAUACGAAGACACAUUUCCAUUGUAUUCAAAUCAAUCAUGUCUGCAGCAGAGACGCUAAAUGAAGACGCAAAGUAA